AUCAACAUCAACACUCCACCAUCUUACACACUCGCACACCCACAUCUCUGGCUUACAUUACCAUUUAUCUUACUCUCCUCCCCAACAACUGCACAGGCGCCGCUCACUCUCAUCACUCCGGGCCUCCGGAGUGUCGAUCAACAAGGCCCGGCGCACGGUCAUGCAUUCGUCCCAGCCACAGAGGCUUUUCGGCCUGGGUGUGAGCCCAGGUUACGGCUCGCCGAAUCGAAAGUCAGCACCGGCACCGCUGUCGCCCACCCCUCGCGCGCCCUUUGCGUCAGAGACGGAUGACUCAAACCCCCCAUCCCCAGCACCUUAUGACACCCCGGGACGGUUCCGGAUCACGAACCCGGAUCCACCUGCCGAGGAGGACGGGAAGGCUCUUAACAAUCUGCAGGCUCAGGCUUCACGCUCAUUUGCACUCAAGCCGACCCACACCGCGCGGCCAGUAAGCAGCGCGUUCGCAGCAAUCAACUCCACUCUGGCCCCACAUUCGCCCCAAGCGCCCAGCGACCCGUUCUCCAAGCCGCUUGCCACACUUGACAACAACGACCCCAACUUCUCUCAGCCUGGCCAGAACUCGACACCAGACAAGCUCCUCCCAAACAACGGCAAUGGGGCGAUCGUGUCGUCCCGCCAAACCCGCCCCUCAAAGAGCUCAGAGUUCCUCCGCCGCCUCCGCAGCGGUAGCGAGCCGCCGUCCAACACCACCCCGUAUCAGGCCCUCUCCGACGAUGAAGAUGAGGAUGAGCGCCUCCGUCUCCCUCGGAACACGCUUCGUGCCACCAAUUCGCAUGCUCGAACUAUAGAGCCUCAGAGCCGCUGGUCGGACUCGACGGGUUCCCACGCUAGCCAGUUCCCCCUCCCGCCUCACCGAACUCCCGGGUCCUCAGCCGAAAACUCGGGCUCAGCGGAGACAUACGCAACCGCGAAGAACGGUCGACCCAAUUCCAACGCUUCUGCCGAGAGUCAGAAGCCUGCUAGGCCACGCAGUCAACCGUGGCCGAUGGCCGCCAAGGCUGGUCCCGCGGCUCCGACCACAUCCACCGCGCUCGGCGCGCACAGUCAAAACGCUGCACUUCUCGCCGCUGAAACGGGCGGCAUGGUUGUGCUCGACAACGCAUCUCGUCGGUACUCUCCCGGCGAGGGCCCAGGACAGGUCGUCAGCCAAAUGCCCAACUAUGCUCAAGUGCCUUCCGCUAGCCGUCAUGCUCAUCGCAAGUCUACCGGUGAUAUCAACUUCCGCUACCAGACCAUCCUCGAGGAAUCGCCCCGGCCGCCCGACUUUUCGCAGGCACGCUUGCCCAUUACUCCUCCAUCCUCAGACGAUGGCGCGGACCUGCGCCGUCGCGGUCAUGUGCGUGCCAACUCCGACGGCAUCGCUCUGCUCGCUCGACAGGGGACGUUGUUCCACCCAGCCAGCAGUGAUGCACGUGCAUCUCAGGAGCUCGAGGUGAUGCUCGGCAAGCCGAAGAGCCGGAGACUCAGCGCCAACGCAGUCCUUCCGGCACCCGAGACACCGAAACAGAGAGAGGUACGCCUCGAGGCGAGCAAGAAAAGCCGCGCCAGGGUUGAACUCGAUGUUGUCAUCGAGCGUGAGUGCGUUGUCGAGGGCGGCGAGCUCCGUGGCCGUCUUGAAGUUGUGGUCAGAGGUGGCAAGCGUGGAAAUGGCCUCCGCGUUGGCGCCGGCAAGCUGCGUGUUCUCGGUUACGAGGAGGUCGUAGAGGGGUCCGGGACAAACCGCCACAUCUUCUAUCAGCACCAAUACCUCCUCCCCGAGUUUUUCGAGCACGACUCCCCGCCAACCACGCUCUUCGCGUCUGGGGCCGACGAGGAGGGCUUCCGCCUCGCGCACGAGGGUACCCACGCCCUCCCUUUCAGCAUGCAGCUUCCCCUUGGUGGCGGUGCCAAGGGCGCGUUCACGGGCGACAAAAGCAAAGGACCAAACAUUCGCUACGUCGUGGUCGGAAGCGUCAAACUCCACAUCCCGAAGAGCGGCAAGCGAGCCAUAGCUCACUUCUACCGCCCCAUGGUUCUCCUCCCGUACCACAACCCGGCGCGUGUACUCGCGCCUUCCCGCCAGCCUCUUGUUGAAUUCAUCGAGUCCAGGCUGGGUUGGAGCCUCACGGGCGAGAAGGGCAAGGUGUUCCUUCAGGUCUCGCUGGGUCGGCAGACGUGGGUGGCAGGGCAGAGGGUGUGGUGCGAGGUUGGCGUGCGCAACAAUUCGAACAAAAAGAUUACGCGGUGCUCGCUCGCCAUCUUGCAGACUGUUAAUACCUUCGGCGUGCCAAAGGUCAAGGGUACGCAGGAUUUUCUGAACAUGAUCCGCCGCAAAGUGUCGGAGGAGACGAACGAGGCCGAUUUCAUGGACGUCGGGAGUGGGCACGUAACGUCCAAGAGCUGGUGGACGGGUCUCGAGCCUGGCGAGUCGAACCGUUGGGAUAUGAGUGUGCCUAUUCCGACGGGCAUGAUCUCCAUCCCGCGGUCCAAACUCGUCGAGAUUUCCUACGUGCUGCGCGUUACGCUGAACAACUCGAUUUUUGUUGACGUACCAAUCGAGCUCAUCAACUUCCUGUCUGUGGACCCGCCCCCCAUGCCCAGCGAUGCACGUCGCGCUCGUGUCCGCAUGGCAGUUGCAGGGCCGGCAGGCGCUCUUAGAUCCGGCGUAGCGUCCACGCUGUUCCCGCCAGUGCCGGAGACCCCACCGCUCCUCAUGCAGGCAUCAUCCCAGCAGCCGCAGCCUCGCGAGCUCCAGUCACACCAGGAUGCUCCUCCCACACGCCUUCCUGGUGUGCCUGAGGAUGGCGGCUUUGGAUACACGUUCGAGCAGCUCAAGGGGGAGCCCCAAGGCAACCAGCCCAUUGCUCGUAGUUCGUCCACCACCCUCGACAUUGAGGCCCUCGUCGCUCAGGGGCGCGCCCGGUCUGGGGCGGAGUAUGCUAGCUCUAGCGGCGACUCCAUGCACUCGACUGGGCACCUUCGUGUCCCAGACGAGCACAACACCGACAUGAUGCCCCGCCCCAUCUCGCCCAUGUCGAAAUAUUCUAGCGUGGGCACUGCGGUUCCCGGCUCGGCAAUGUCGACGAUUCGUGGCCGCCGUGGGUCCAACGCGUCCGAGACCGAGUCAAUCGACGAGGAGGAGCGUAAUCGCCUCGUUGUCGAGGGUCACCGCCGCGAUGGGCGCGUACACGCGCUUGCUGUCAUCGGGAAUGGUACAUCCGAACACUUGGACGCAGCAACCGAAGGUGAUGUCCGCGACGACGCAAGUGUCAUCCAUUCGAGCUUGGAGCCUCACGAGGUCCAGACCUACCGUCCCGCUGAGGAGCCCAACGGUCCGCGAUACGAAUUCGACACCGCGUCGAUCUACUCUCAGGCGGAUGGUCUUGAGCGUAGUGGCGCACCCACCCCGCACAUAGAACAGACCGAGAGCCUGGCUGACACCGAUAACGAGCAGACUCCGAUGGGCUCACCAACCGGGUCGCCCGUCACAUCACCCGUUGUUCACCCCAUCUCCAAGUUCUUGCACCACAUCAGUGAAGAGGAGGAGCCACUCACGGAUGACAUGCUUGACGACAUGGUGAGCCUGGACGGAGGUGUUGCCGGCGGAUAUCUUCAAGGGAGCGGCGGAAGUGGAGACGACGACGACGAUGACCUUGUUGCCGCCGACAUCUCAGGCGAGGAUGUGACUCCGAGGGGUUCCGCAUUCGGACGCGCAAGCCUCGAGCAGCGUCUCGCGCUUGCGUGCGGUGGCGGCGCGAUUGUCACGAAAGCUCAGACAGCGGUCGCAGCUGAGGCGCGCGAGUUCUCGCCCCAGCUUAACAAGCGUGGCGAUUUCUCCCCAGUGCCACUGCAGCAGGAGUUCGGCGCUCGCCCAGACAGUAUUGAUUAUGCCAUGCCCCUCGAGAUCGGCGACCUCAGCAUUACUAGCAAGGCCAGCACCGAGCCGGAUGACGGGUAUGAUGCUACGAGCGAGCACAGUUCCACUGUCUCGCGUUCUCCGCGAGGUCAUCGCUCGACCCACUCCCUACCUGGUGGCUGGAGCCCGCACCCAAGCACCUACGCUGAGGCGCCCAUGCUCCCGCCUCCAUCGAGUGCACGCGACAUCAGCUGGGGUGGCAAUCUCGCCGGUCGCACCGUUUCCGGCCACACGGCUAUGAUCUCGCUCGAUGACUCGCCUGUGACGCCAGCCUCCGCUACCUUCACCCCUGCCUCGGCGACCUUCGGUACGCCUGGCCCAUCGCCUCGUUCAGCAACUUUUGGCACGCAGAUACCUUACCCUCCUCCGCCCCAGGAGUACGAACGGGACAGGGAGGGGUCGUCCACACCCAACGGCAGACAGGCAGCAUUGUUCGCCGCAACUGCUGGCCUAACUCACGAGGACCUUUCUGACGAGGACCUGGAGCCUCCCAACAUCCUGCGCCGCGUCGACACCGGCGGAGCGGACAGCUUCCAUACCGCCCAGAGUGAUGGCGAAGAUAUCCCUCAACUUAAGCGCUCGUCGGACAGCGACAGUUCCGAUGACCUGCUUGAGUCUCCGCCCAUUGUCAACCAGCCGCUGUAUACAACGCCCCUCCCAGCGCCGCCUGGCCCUUCGCCGCGCACAUCGCGCAUCAUUCCUGACCGCUUCCGACCAACGCAGACAGCCCCACCUCCGCCGCCCAUGAGCGAGGAGUCGCACAUCUCGACGGCCUCCAGCUCCCACGAGAGCGGCAUCCUUCCGGCCGUCAAGGCUAGAGUGGCUCAGUUCGAGCACCGCGAGGAGGCGCUGCGACGUUUCACUGUCAACAGCAGCGCAGGCCUGCAGUCCCCUACUACCGGCCUUGCACCCCUCAGUCCCGCCCACACUAGCUCGGGAUCUUCGGGCUCCCACGGCAAUCACGGGUACACCUCCUCGCCCUCGGGCCGUCGCUCGUACACAUCAGCUCUUGGCUCUCGCGUGCCUGGUGGGUUUGGCAGCCCGCGCAGCCAGGCGAGUUUCAACCUCGAGACGCCACAGACGGCAGCUGGGGAGUUCGUUCCCGCCCAGUUCACGGGGACUACGUCGAGCAUCUCCUCCGUGCGCCAGACAUGGCACAUGCGUGAGCAGGAGGAUAACGCGAAGGGCCUUCUCCGCCAGCUCUCGAACGCAUCGAAUAGCACAACCGCGACCGACAUUGAGCGCGUCCUUACCCGUUCACCAGUGACUACGCCGCGCGGCCCGCGCCCGCCAUCGCACAAGGCAGCCAUAUUCUCCAGCAUUUCGUCGCGCGACAACCGUGAGUCAGGCAGCACGCUGAGCAUGGACGCGAGCGACCUUGGCCCGCCCAUCCACCCUCCAACGUACCGUGGCUCGCCGGCGCUUACGCCGACGCGCGAGAAGGUCUUCCUUCCUGAAGUCAUGAGCGAGACCGCAUCUCUUGCCGAGGUGCAGAGUUACGACAGCCACCGCGCACACAGCGAGGAGGGCGUGUCGUCUAGCUCCGAGUUUGGGACCACUCACUGGACGGGUGGACCGGCGCGCCUCCCACCCCUCCGGCAAGCGCGGCAGCCUUUGCCCAUGCCUGCGUUUGGGCCCAAUGGACCAAGCCAGGGGUACGGUGUGUGAUAUGAGGAGCAGAGAUUAGGCGGCCCCGACGUCGAUGGCGUCAGCACUGUAUAAGCGCGCUUUGUAGCCGGCCCCCUCGCAGGGGACACUCCGCGUAAGAUAGAUAUGUUUGAUAGUUAUGUAUGAUUUUGCGAAGU